AGCAGCAAGAUGAAGGGAAAAGCCACAGCGUCAUUGGCACUAGCGAGUUCGCACGACUCGUCUGCGUCCUCUCUGGAAGGAGCAACCGAUGCUCGAUGUGAGACUUCGUCGAAAACCGAUGCGAUUGGUCAAAAACACAGCGCCUUGAUGCGUUUUGAGCGUGUACAGCUUUGCAUCGACAGCGACAACACCUUUGUUUCUUUCGACGGCAGCCACGGAGACACAAACGAAUUCGAAAAAAAUACAUUCACGGCGGUUGGAAGGCACGGAGGGGGGUCCGCAGCCAUUGCAGCCUCGGCGAUUGUCGAACCAGGUACACGAAGUUCUACCUUUCCAGAGCCACAGCUUCCAGAAGAAAACCUGUCAGAUUUAGAAGGUUUUCGGACGAUUCUGGAGAACACGGGAGAUACGAGCACGACAGGGGGAGCCUCCUCUGCGGAUCAAGUUGAAGCAGGCGUUCCUACUAUUUCGGACACGUGUGAAAGACUCGAAGAGCUCCUGGACUUUCUCGAGUUUGAUGUCACUGUAGAGCAGCUGAACGGC